AUGGCGGUUGCCGAGUCCUUGAUAGAGUUGAAGAGGAAGGACUCGUUUAAACCAAAGGUAAAGAAAUACGAAGGUAGUGACAAAGGUGGUGGAGAUAGGGGAAAAUCUUCCACCAAGGAUGGUAAGGCUUCAUAUAAAGACAAGGGCAAAUGGAAGAAGGAAGACAGGCGUAGUUCUUCCCCGAGAAAGCUUGCCUGCUUCAUAUGCGACGGACCUCAGCGGGUAUAUGAUUGUCCAAAGCGAGGAAAGCUUGGGGCGCUAGUGAUUACCGAAGAGGAAAGGCAAGAAGAAGAGCGAAGACUUGCUUCCCUUCGACUCCUUAAUGCUAUCCAAGCCAAAGUGGAGCAAAAGCCUCAUAGGCGAAUGUACGUGGAGACCAAUAUCGGAGGCAGGAGUAUUCAAGCCAUGGUGGACACUGGAGCUGACACGGUAUACAUGGCGAAAGAGGUGGCUGACUCUAUUAAGCUGCCUUACAAGAAGGAAAAGGGCUUCAUUAAAGGGGUGAACGCAAAGAGAUUACCUAUCAUUGGCGUUGCGAGAGGAACUAACAUCCGAAUAGGCCAAUGGCAAGCUCUCAAAAGGGGUAAAAAGGAAGGAGCCAACCUUCCUAGCAACCCUUAAAGUGGAAGAAGGU